UGGAAAGUUGGAAAGCUAUCAAACACCUAGUUAAGCUAACAAGACUGACAAAAGUGAAGACUUGGGAAGAAAUGAAAAAACUAGGGCUGUACCAAAUCACCCUGGACAUCAUCCGGAUGAUUCGAGUGUGUAAGAUGUUCCGCCAAGGCCUCAAGGGAUUCCGGGAGUAUCAGAUCAUCGAGCCUAUUAACAAGAGGCAUCCCAUCUUCUCCUUCUGGGAUAAAAAGAAGCAAAGCCGGAUCAAGUUUGAUACCCAGGACUUUGCUGCAGAGGAGGGUCACUUCCCUCAGAGGGCCAUUUACAUCACACAGAAGAAGCCAUCCUGGAGGACGGAUCAGGAGGUCAAAUCUCUCUGCAACAUUCUUCAUGUUCUAGACUGCUACCGGAACUAUGCAGAGGCCCUGCAGCUGCUGCUGGCCAAGGUCAUGCGCUUUGAAAGGUUUGGCCGCAGGCGUGUGAUCGUCAAGAAGGGGCAGAAGGGCAAUAGCUUUUAUUUCAUCUACCUGGGCACGGUGGCUGUGACUGAGGAUGAGGAUGGGAGCAGUGCUUUCCUGGACCCUCACCCGACACUGCUGCACAAGGGCGCCUGUUUCGGGGAAAUGGGCCUUUUGAGUACUGAAGUCAGGAGGGCCACAGUGGUCUGCAUGGAAGAAACAGAGUUCCUGGUCGUCGACCGGGAAGACUUCCUUGCAAAUAAACUGGAUGAAGAAGUUCAGAAGGAAACUCGUUAUCGGUACAAUUUCUUUAGGAGCAUGGAUCUGUUCCAAUCUUGGUCUGAAGAGAAGCUCUGUAAGCUGGUGGCCAUGGGGAGGAUAGAGAAGUUCUCACAGGGACAGCUGGUGUCAGAAGACUUUGUGAAUUCAUCAUUUAUCACAUUUAUCUGCAAGGGCAGCUGUGAAAUCUUGCGGCUCUUGGACCUUGUGGCCUCGAGUUCCUAUUACAAGUGGGUCUGGCAGCAGCUGGAGCUGUUGGACCAUAAACCUCUGAGAGUUCACCUCAAUGAAGUGUCUCCUAUGGAAAGAUAUACGGAAUUCCGGAUCAAAUCCUAUCCUCUACAAGACUUCAGCUAUUUGAAACUUCUACGCCUGCAGAAAGCCAGAGAUGAGCAGAAAAUGGCCUUCCGUGAGAUCAACAAGACAGAAAACACUCUUCCAAAGUUGCUGGGCCCGAAGGUCAAAUCCAGGUACGGUCAUCCGGUCAAAUGUUCCAUGGUCAACACCAAGUUUGGUGAACUCCCCAAGGAGGCCGUAGCGGGGGUCUACAUGAAGGUCCACACGGUGCAGGAAGGAGACAUUGUGGGUAUUCACCAAGCCUUUCUCCCAGAAGUCCAGCGUGAUCUUCGGACCUUCAUCCUUUUGAGCAUGGGAACAGAGUUGAUACGGGUGAGAAAAGAAAAAUUUUAUGAGCUGAUUGAUGAAGAGACAGAAAAAAUAAUAAGAAAGAUGGACGUGGAUUAUCCCAGCGAUGAAGAGCUGUGUCAGAGGUUCCUGAGGGAAAACAACUGGAACAUCUUCCGGAGGGACCUGAUGCGGCUGCUGGUGGAGCCCCUCAACAAGCAACCGUUCACCCCAACCCCUAUCCAGAGGAAAGAGAUCUACAACCCGAAGUCUUUGAAUCUGGACUUGUGUAACCUCCAGAAGAAGGUGAAACACCGCUAUCCUGUUUUUAUGGCGCCCCAGAAAUACCUUCCCCCCUUGAGGAUUGUCCAAGGUGUGUCAGCACCCCGGCACAAAAUCAAAGAACUCCUGCCUCAGUAUAAAAAUGCAGGGGUCCUUGAUUAAACCCA